UAUUGGGGAAUACCUGAAACAGGAAUAUUACUAAGCGUCUGUUUUCGCUUGGUGUGUUUAAAACAAUAAAUCAGCAAGAAAUAUUCAUUCCGAUUGGCAACUCGGGUGUAACUACAGAUGUUCAAAACGCCGAUUCAACAGGAGAGUGGAGUGGAGUAGAGGAGAACAUCCGAGAGUGAGUGUGUGUGGUAGUCGUGUUAAAAACAUGAAGCCGAGGAAUGAAGUACAGAAGCCGAUUCGGUUGAUGGCGGCAGCGUGCAGAAAUAUGGGAAUAGGCAAGGACGGUCGCCUUCCGUGGAAUCUUCCGACAGAGUUUCAGUUCUUUUUGAAUACCAUCACAGCUGUGUGUAAAUCAGGAAAGAAGAACCUGAUCAUAUGGGGUAAAUACAGCUGGUUCUCCUGCCCAGAGAGUGUUUUCCCCCUGGCCAACAGUCUCCAUGUGGUUCUGAGCAAAAAGCUGAUGUCUGUCCCAAAGCGUGCUCACUACGUGUGUGAGGACUUUGUCAGUGCCGUUAAAUUGGCCUCUCAUCCUCCUCUUAAUGAUCUUAUAGAAACCAUCUGGAUCUUAGGAGGAACACAGGUGUACAAGGAAGCUCUGGAGCACCCUUGGUGUGACCUCAUCUACCUCACUGACAUCAUGGCUGACUUUGACUGUAAUGUUUUUUUCCCAAGUUUUGACCAAAAUUUUUACAGGAAACAAAACAAGUUCCCUGGUGUGCCAAAUGAGAUUCAAGAAGAAAAUGGAAUCAAAUUUCGAUUUCAAGUCUUCAUGAAAGAAAGCUGACCAUGUUAGCUACAAUAAAAAGUUGAAAGUGCUAUUUCUGUCAAGACAUAAUCUGUCUUAUUGUGCUCACUGAAUUAGUGACUCAAAAAUAAAAGCUGUAUUUGUAACUG